AUGGGCAACGUCUUAUCCAAAUCUGAAACAACCCAAGAAAACGCAGAAGCAUCACCAGAAUCAAAUGUCACAAUGAAACAGGUAAAGAGAUUGAAGGGGGAUACGUUCUUCAAAUUCAAAUAAAUUAUGUAUCAUAUAACCUGAUUUAGCCUAUUUCAACGCCCUGACCGGAGAGUGUCCCGCUAGAUUUCAUAAAUAAAUUGUGUUUCUAAUGUCCCCCUUUUCAGAUGAGCAACGUUUCAUCCAAAUCUGAAUCAACUCAAAGGAAAGCAGACGCUACAAUAAAGUCAAACCUAAACGCUACCAUCAAUAAAGAGCUUGAAUCCAGAGCCGGACUAUUUCUUGGAGGAUCAAAAUCUAAACCUAAACCUAAACUAGAUGAACAAAAUUAUUCAAAGCAAGAUCUGGAGGCGAUUGAGUUUGUCAAGUCUUAUAUCACCAGUAAUUUCAAAAAUGUUGAGCUUCUCGAUGGAAAAUGUGGAAAACGUGUUUUUAUAAGAAGAAAAAAAUAA